GGUAUUUAUUGUCAAGAAGCCAUGUUAAAGUUCAAGUACGUGAGUCAGGGAAGCCUGAGAACGCCGUACUCCUCAGCCGACCCCAUCGCAAGCCGCAGCUCAAGACUCAGCCAGGUGUUUCAGGGCCGAGUCAGUCUAUGUGGGGAGCAGGGAGGAUGCACUCUGGGACGGGAGGAGUUUCUGGAGGCUCUGCUGCUGCUUUACCAAGAAUGCUCCUCUCCAGAGCUGAUGAAGAGACGGCAUGUGGCAAACUUUGUCAACAAAUUUUCAGAAGUGGUCUCGGAGCUGCGGACUCUUCAGCCUGGGCCUGAUGACUUUGAGCUCUGUGCCGUGGUCGGACGUGGUCGCUUUGCUGAGGUCCAAGUUGCUCGGGAGAAGGCCACUGGAGAUGUUUAUGCUCUUAAAGUCAUGAGCAAGGCUGUUUUACGCACAAAGGAAAACGUGGUUUUUCAUGAAGAAGAGCGGAAGGUCCUGGCUCUGAGCACCAGUCCCUGGAUCCCACAGCUUCUAUAUGCUUUCCAGGACAAAGAUUAUGUCUAUCUGGCUAUGGAAUACUUGCCUGGUGGAGACCUGAUGUCUCUGCUAAAUCGAUAUGAGGAUCAGUUUGAUGAAUCUAUGGCUCAAUUUUAUUUGUCCGAGCUGACAGAAGCCAUUCAUGCUGUUCACCAGCUGGGCUACGUCCACAGAGACGUCAAACCGGAAAACAUUCUCAUCGAUCGGACCGGCCACAUUAAGCUUGCUGACUUCGGAUCAGCUGCCAAGCUGACCGCUAACAGAACAGUAGCCACUCCCACAGUGCCUGUUGGGACGCAGGACUUUCUCUCCCCUGAGGUCCUAGCAGCCAUGAAUGGGGGCUCUCACGGCUCUUAUGGGUUAGAGUGUGACUGGUGGUCCAUGGGAGUCAUCGCCUAUGAGAUGAUCUAUGGCAGGUCGCCGUUUUCUGAAGGCACUUCUACCAAGACAAUCCACAACAUCCUCAAUCACCAGCGUUAUCUGAAGUUCCCGGACCAGCCGCGGGCCAGUAAACACUUUGUUGACCUGGUGCGGGGCUUGCUCUGUGGCGCAAAAGAGCGGCUGGGUUUCCAGGGACUCCGCUGCCACUCUUUCUUCUCCAGUGUAGAUUGGAACAACUUAAGACAAGUUCUCCCGCCUUUCGUUCCUGCGUUGCACGCCGAAGAUGACACCUCUAAUUUUGAGGAGCCGGAGCAGGCAGCCCCCCGGCCAGCCUCAGCAGCCCAGCGAGAAGCUCUGCCAGCGGGCUUCCAGGGCCAGGAUCUGCCCUUUCUAGGCUGGUUUUUCAGCAGAACGUUGACAGUCUUGGCCAAAACUGAGUCAGUGUCUGCAGGACUCAAUUCUCCUGCAAAGACCAACUCCAUGGAAAAGAAACUGCACCUUAAAAGCAAAGAACUACAGGACACUCAAGACAAAUGUCAUAAGAUGGAGCAAGAGAUUUCCAGGUUCCAGCGUAAAAUGACUGACCUGGAGUCAGUGCUCCACCAGAAGGAUGUGGAGCUGAAAGCCUCUGAGACUCAGAGGAGCAUCCUGGAGCAAGACCUCGCCACCUACAUUACUGAAUGCAGCAGUUUAAAGAGGAGCUUGGAGGAGGCGCGUGUGGAGGUCUCCAGAGAGGACGACAAGGCCCUGCAGCUGCUGCACGACAUCCGCGAACAGAGCAACAAGCUGCAAGAAAUUAAGGAGCAAGAGUACCAUGCCCAGUUGGAGGAGAUGCAGGUGACCAUCCGGCAGCUGGAGGAGGACCUGUCCGCUGCCCGGCGUCGCAGCGACCUCUAUGAAUCUGAACUUAGAGACUCGAGACAAACUAGCGAGGAGCUCAAGAGGAAAGCAGUGGAAUAUCAGCAGAGAAUCCAGAAGGCCAAAGAGCAGGGAAAAGCCGAAGUGGAGGAACUUCUUUCCAAACUAGAGAAGACGAACGCUGAGCAGCAGGUGAAGAUCCAAGAGCUCCAGGACAAACUGUCUAAGGCUGUGAAAGCCAGCACCGAAGCCACAGAGCUGCUGCAAAAUGUCCGGCAGGCCAAAGAGAGACUGGAGCGGGAUCUGGAGCGCCUGCGAGGCAAAACCGACUCCAGCGACACUUUAAAGCGGCGCCUGAGAGAAACGGAGGAAGGCAGGAAAACCCUGGAGAACCAGGUAAAGAGGCUGGAGAUGGUCGAGCGGCGGGAGAAUAAGCUGAAAGAUGACAUUCAGACCAAAUCCCAGCAGAUCCAGCAGAUGGCUGAAAAGAUCCUGGAACUUGAGGAGAACUUGAGAGAUGCACAGUCAACAGCUCAGAGGAUGGAAACCCAGCUGGUUCAGAAGGAGAGGCUUUAUGAAGACAAAAUCAAGGUGCUGGAGGCCCAGAUGAAGGUGGACCUGGCCGAUAAGGAGAGCCUGGAGGCCAGAAGGGCGCAGCAGGAGGAGGAGUCAAGGGAGAACUGUAAACUCAUCAGCGAGCAGAAAGCGACUAUUAAUGCGAUGGACUCCAAGAUGAAGAACCUGGAGCAGCGCAUUGCUGAGCUGUCAGAGGCUAACAAGCUGGCCGCCAACAGCAGCAUCUACACCCAGAAAAAUAUGAAAGCCCAAGAGGAGAUGAUCUCAGAGCUUCGACAGCAGAAGUUUUACCUGGAGUCUCAGGCAGGCAAACUGGAGGCCCAGAACGCCAAACUGGAGGAGCACCUGGAAAAGAUGAGUCAGCAGGAGCAGACCAAGAGAACCCGGCUGCUGGAGCUGGAGAGCCGACUGCGAGAGAUGGGCCUCGAGCACGAGGAGGAGAAGCUGGAGAUCAAGAGGCAGGUGUCAGAGUUGACCCUGUCCCUGCAGGAGCGCGAGUCCCAGAUCAGCAGCCUGCAAGCGGCUCGCCUCGCCCUGGAGAGCCAACUGCAGCAAGCCAAGACGGAGCUGGAGGAGACAACAGCCGAGGCAGAGGAGGAGAUCACCGCCCUCAGGAAUCACAGAGAUGACAUCCAGCGAAAGUUUGAUGCCUUGAGAGACAGCUGCUCAGUGAUCACCGACCUGGAGGAGCAGCUCACGCAGCUGAGUCAGGAAAACGCCGAGCUGAACCGUCAGAACUUCUACCUGUCCAAGCAGCUGGACGAGGCCUCGGACGAGAGGGAGGACCAGCUGCAGCUCAGCCAGGAGGUGGACCGCCUCAGGAGGGAGGUGGCCGACCGCGAGAUGCACCUCAACAACCAGAAGCAGAACAUCGAGACACUGAAGACCACAUGCAGCAUGCUGGAGGAGCAGGUGGUAGAGCUGGAGUCCCUGAAUGACGAGUUGCUUGAGAAAGAGAGGCAGUGGGAGGCGUGGAGAGGGGCUCUGGAGGACGAGAAGAGCCAAGCGGAGAGGCGCGCCAGGGACAUGCAGAGGCUGCUGGACAACGAGAAGCAGAACAGGUUGCGCGCAGACCAGCGCAGCUCAGAGUCCCGCCAGGCGGUGGAGCUGGCCGUCAAAGAGCAUAAGGCUGAGAUCCUGGCUUUGCAGCAGGCUUUGAAGGAGCAGAGGCUGAAGGCUGAAAGUCUGUCGGAUACGCUCAAUGAUCUGGAGAAGAAGCACGCCAUGCUGGAGAUGAAUGCCCGCAGCUUACAGCAGAAGCUGGAGACUGAGAGGGAACUGAAACAGCGGCUGAUGGAAGAGCAAGGGAAGCUCCAGCAGCAGAUGGACCUCCAGAAGAGCCACAUUUUCCGUCUGACCCAGGGUCUGCAGGACGCCCUGGACCAAACCGACAUGCUCAAGACCGAGAGGACGGACCUCGAGUACCAGCUGGAGAACAUACAGGCUGUGUACUCCCACGAGAAGGUGAAAAUGGAAGGAACGAUCUCCCAGCAGACCAAACUUAUCGAUUUCCUCCAAGCCAAAAUGGACCAGCCCACCAAAAAAAAGAAGGGUAUAUUUGGGCGGCGGCGGGAGGAUGUGGGAACCACCACCAACGGGGCCCUGGCUCCACCGGCCCAGCCGGCAGUGCCCUUACAGUACAGUGACAUGAAGCUGGCUUUGGAGAAGGAGCGAUCCAGGUGUGCGGAUCUUGAGGAAGCGCUGCAGAAGAUGAGGAUAGAGCUGCGCUCCCUGAGAGAAGAGGCGGCUCAUUUCAAAGCCCAGGAACACGCGACUCCCUCCUCAGCCACCCAGGCCCGACAUCAAAUCCUCAUGUCGGCCAUCGUCAAGUCUCCUGAGCAUCAGCCCAACCCCAGCAGCCUGCUCAACCCCUCCACCCGAUGCAAGGAGACUUCCACACCUGAAGAGUUUGGUCGUCGUGUGAAGGAACGAAUGCACCACAACAUUCCGCACCGCUUCACCGUGGGCCUCAACAUGAGGGCUGCCAAGUGUGCCGUCUGCCUGGACACCGUGCAUUUUGGACGGCAGGCCGCCACUUGUCUCGAGUGCCACACCUUGUGUCACCCUAAGUGCUCACCAUGUCUUCCGGCCACCUGCGGCCUGCCGGCUGAGUACGCCACUCACUUCUCAGAGGCUCUGUGCCGGGAAAAGGCGAACUCGCCGGCGCUGCAGGUCAAAGAGGCCAGUGGGCAUGUGCGCUUGGAGGGAUGGAUGAAGCAGCCCAGGAAUGGGAAGCGAGGUCAGCAGGGCUGGGAGAGGAAAUACGUGGUGCUGGAUGGAACCAAAGUGUCCGUCUAUGACACUGAGCCCAGAGAAGACUGUAUAAAGCCAGAGGAGGAGUUCGAGCUGUGUCUGCCUGAUGGAGAGGUGACUGUUCAUGGAGCUGUUGGAGCCUCUGAGCUCAUCAACACCGCCAAGUCAGACAUCCCAUAUGUGUUGAAGCUGGAGUCGCAUCCCCACACCACGUGCUGGCCGGGCCAGGCUCUGUACUUCAUGGCUCCCAGUUUCCCCGACAAGCAGCGCUGGGUGGCGGUGCUGGAGUCCGUGGUGGCCGGCAGUCGUGGCUCUAAAGACAAAGUGGAUUCCGACGCUAAACUUUUGGGCAAUUCCUUGCUGAAGCUGGAAGGCGACGACCGUUUGGACAUCAACUGCACCCUGCCUCUAACCGACCAGAUCGUCCUGGUUGGCUCUGAGGAGGGUUUAUACGCACUCAACGUCAUAAAGAACUCCUUGACGCACAUCCCGGGACUGACGUCAGUCUUCCAGAUCCAGAUCCUGAAGGAGCUUGAUAAGCUGUUGAUGAUCACCGGAGAGGAGAGGGCUCUGUGUCUGGUGGAGAUCAAGAAGGUGAAGCAGUCUCUGUCGCAGUCUCAUCUCCCGGCUCAGCCCGACCUCAACCCCUUCAUCUUCGAGACCGUCAAAGGAUGCCACCUCUUCUCCUCCGGAAAGAUUGACAAUGGUACCUGCAUCUGUGCUGCUAUGCCCAAUAAGAUUACAAUCCUGCGACACAAUGAAAGCCUCAACAAGUUCUGCAUCAGAAAGGAGAUUGAGACGUCGGAGCCCUGCAGCUGCAUCCACUUCACCGGCUACAGCAUCAUCAUCGGCACCAACAAGUUCUACGAGAUUGAGAUGAAGCAGUAUGUGCUGGAAGAGUUCCUGGAUAAAAACGACGUGACGCUAGCCUCAGCGGUGUUCGCCGCAUCCUCCCACAGCUUCCCCAUCUCCAUCAUCCAGGUUACCACAGCUCCGCAGAAGGACGAGUACCUGCUCUGUUUCCAUGAGUUCGGCGUGUUCGUGGACUCGUACGGCCGCAGGAGCAGGAGUGAAGAUAUUAAAUGGAGCCGCCUGCCUCUUUCAUUUGCGUAUCGAGAGCCCUACCUGUUUGUGACCUACUUCAACUCUCUUGACGUCAUUGAGAUUCAGGGACAUGCUGCUCUUGGGCCUCACUCAUACGCACACCUCGACAUCCCGAACCCGCGAUACCUCGGCCCGGCCAUCUCCUCCGGGGCCAUCUACCUGGCCUCCUCCUACCAGAACAAACUCCGGGUGAUAUGCUGCAAGGGCAACCUGGUCCAGAGCCAGGAGGGCGGAGGAGGAGAGCUGCAGAGGAACGGAUCCGGACGCAGCCCCAACAAGCGAGGGCCUCCCUCCUACAACGAGCACAUCUCUAAACGGCUGGCAGCCAACCCUCUGGUCCACGGUGACCCCGGCACACCUCACCGCUACCGAGAGGCCCGCACAGAGUUCCGGAGGGACAAGUCGCCCAGCCGGCCCCUGGAGAGGGAGAAGUCCCCCGGAAGGAUGCUGGAGAGCCGGAUCGGGGGCUCCCCCGGCAGGGCCAUGGCGGACCCCCGCCUGGAGCGCUCCCCCGGCAGGGCCAUGGCGGACCCCCGCAUGGACCGCUCCCCCGGCCGGAUGAUGGAUGUCCGGAGGGAACGCUCUCCCGGACGAUUCGAAGAACGCCAAAGGCUUCACACUGGCUCCGGCCGCACGCCGAUCAACCCCGUCAACAAGGUGUGGGACCAGUCGUCUGUUUGAGAACCGGCAGAGCCACACCCCCAAUGCAGGCACACAGACACACACACACACAAACACACUCAUGUUUUGGGAGGAUAAAGCAACAGAGAAUCAGUGAGAAUGUCACCGACUCAUGAAGAAACACUGCCACACCUUUUACCUGAUGUAUAAAGUGAAAAAUCCCACCGCAGGAAAACAUCUGUAGCUGUCCGAAGCAAAGAGCGAGACCCAGAGACCUGAAGCGAUGUCCUUAGAAUCAGGUUAUUUUUUCAAUAAAAGUCAACAAAAGGCCAUAUUAACAACUUGAGCAGGGUUUUUUGCAGAGCUUUUCGGGAUGUGUUCUCUUCUCUGAGUGGGAUUUAGUCAUUAGGUGUAAUUGUUUUUCUUCUACAAAGAAAAUCUAAGCUGACGUUGAAGCCUGAUCCGGUGGGUUUUUGCCAGCUUAAGUCGGCUCAACAACAAUCGUGACAACAGUAGAUAAGCACAGUCGUAGCAACUUCGUCUUGCCUGUAUAUUAACAAAAUGAUUUGAAGUUACUCCAUGAAACACCAGUCCAGCCGGUUCCUUCCCGCUCUCGGUACUGUCCACAGCAGCUACAGAUCAGGGCGAGUGUGCCGCAGGCCGCUUAUCGCCCGUGUCCCGGUACUUUCAGCCCCGGCCCUGCGCUGGCGUGUCCAAAACACAAUCAUCAUCGGCUGAUUACAAUCAUUCUCAGCUCGGUCCAGCCGGACUCAGCUGCAGCACAAAAAAUACUAGAUUGAAAUCAAUGUAAUCCCUCCUGUAGAACCACACACACACACACACACACACACACACACACAUCCCCUCCGUGUAGGUUGACACUAAAACUGCACUACCCACAAUCCCCAGCAGCAAUGGAGCAGGACCUUUCUAAUCCUUCAGAACGCUAUCUGACUGUAAAUAGACGAGACAUAAUUUUAUAUAUAUUGAGAAGGAAUUUCAAGGCUGGAUAAGCCAUGUCUAUUUUUGUUAAAGAAAAAAGAAAAAAACAAGUGAUGCCGUGUCCUCUUGAAUGUCCGAUGAGUAUUCUUCUAAUAUGUCCAAACGUCCUUUAUCAAGUGAGUGAUUGUAUCUCGAUCAGACUCGUGUAUGCACUUCCAUCCGUCAAAAGGCAAAACCUCAGUGCUUAACUAUACGACAGGAGGAGGGUAAAAAAAAAAAACAGAUCAUGUUUGAAGCUUACAGCACCGUACUCAAGCAUUUCUUUUUGUACAAUGUUCCUUACUAUUGUAUAUAACCCAAGGUGAAGAUGAAUAUAAUCCUUGUUUUUCUCCUGAUUCGUCAAUGGCAUGGAUAUGUAUAUCUGAAAUGAAACGGAGUGUCGUCUUCUGCUUCUGCCUCAUUUGGGUUAUAUGAUUUUACUCCACAACGUUUCAACGAAGCACGCAAUUAAUAUCUCCUUUUCUUUGAAAUGUUUGCACAGUGAAUUCAUGACCAGAUUUAGA